UUUCUGCUGGUGUUCAGCUGCUUGGUGUUGUCUGUCUUCUCCACCAUCCCCGAACACCAGAAGUUCGCCAACCAAGGCCUGUUCAUCCUUGAGUUUGUGAUGAUUGUGGUGUUUGGUUUCGAGUACUUCAUCAGGAUCUGGGCGGCCGGCUGUUGCUGCAGAUACCGAGGAUGGCAAGGCCGGCUAAGGUUUGCCAGAAAGCCCUUCUGUGUCAUAGACUUCAUUGUAUUCGUGGCAUCCUUAGCAGUCAUUGCUGCAGGAACGCAAGGCAACAUCUUCGCCACCUCGGCCCUGCGCAGCAUGCGCUUCCUGCAGAUCUUGCGUAUGGUUCGUAUGGACAGACGAGGAGGCACCUGGAAACUGCUGGGCUCAGUGGUUUACGCUCACAGCAAGGAGCUGAUUACUGCUUGGUACAUAGGUUUCCUGGUUCUGAUCUUUGCCUCCUUCCUGGUCUACCUGGCAGAGAAAGACAAUAACUCAGACUUCAACACCUAUGCAGACUCCCUCUGGUGGGGGACUAUUACUCUGACCACUAUAGGCUAUGGGGAUAAGACCCCUCGUACCUGGCAGGGGCGUCUCCUGGCUGCUGGCUUUGCUCUUCUGGGCGUCUCCUUCUUCGCCCUUCCUGCUGGAAUCCUGGGCUCAGGCUUUGCUUUGAAGGUUCAGGAGCAGCACCGGCAGAAGCACUUUGAGAAGAGGAGGAUGCCCGCUGCCAACCUCAUACAGGCCGCAUGGCGUCUGUACUCCACAGAUGCCAAGCAUUCCUAUCUAACAGCCACAUGGUACUUCUAUGACAGCAUGUUACCUUCAUUCAGAGAACUGACGCUACUGUUCAGUCACCUCCAGCGACAGCGUAACACCAAGAAGGUUCUCCACAACUCCUACCACGCGCUGCUGUCUGGGCUUCGGCCCUACAGCUCCCCCUACCUGUCAGGGGACAGCAGCAAAAUGGGCUUCAGGGAUCGUAUCAGGAUGAACAAUUCCCGAUCAUCCCAAACCAUUCGGAACAAGGCGUCACCUUUGCCCCCGGGCUCUGGUGUCCGCCGCUCCCCCAGCCAGGAGAACGUCCCUGAGGCCACCAGCCCAGGGAAGGUCCAGAAAAGCUGGAGCUUUAACGACCGCACACGCUUCCGCACAUCCCUGCGCCUGAAACCACGUCCUCCUGCAGAUGUGGAAGGGGUCGGUGAGGACAGCGUGGAAGAAAAACCAUAUUGUGAUGUGGCCAUGGAUGAGGUAAUCCCAGCGGUGAAGACCCUCAUACGGGCUGUCAGAAUUCUGAAGUUCCUCGUGGCCAAGAGAAAGUUUAAGGAGACAUUGCGUCCGUACGAUGUGAAGGAUGUUAUAGAGCAGUACUCUGCCGGACACCUAGAUAUGCUGGGCCGCAUUAAAAGCCUGCAGACGCGUGUAGACCAGAUAAUUGGACGAGGGGCUGUGCAGCCCGAUAAGAAGGCGCGCUCCGAAAAAGGAGAGAAGACGCCACCAGAACUGGACCCACUGGAUGAACUAAGCAUGAUGGGGCGUGUGGUAAAGGUGGAAAAGCAGGUACAGUCCAUAGAGAACAAGCUCGACCUCCUGCUCAACUUCUACUCCCAGUGCCUGAAGAAAGGCUCAUCCCAUUUCACCCUUUCCUCCAUCCUGGACCCAGACCUAACGUCUGACUACCAGAGCCCCACAGACCAAAGAGACCUCUUCCCCUCUGCUAAUACGCUCAACAUCUCCCAAUCCGAUAGUGGUAAUUUGGAAUGACAGCACCGGAGGCUGUUGGAAACACAGAUGGACACCAACCCUUUACAGACCAACCUGAAACGUCUGUCACGUCUCUCCUCAUCACGUUUCUUCUUCUCUCUGCGAUGAUUUGUGGCCCUCGUCUCUGGUCUCCUACGUCCUUCUCACUUUUCUUGUUCCUUAAGUGAAUGUUUCUCCAGAGGCCACCAGAGGGCUCCACCUGACAAGGAGCCUCAGCCAAAGCUGCUCACCGCACACACGCCUCUCAACCCACGAGACGAGGACAGAGAGGACAAACGUACUCUCUACAACUCUAACUUGACUACUGAACCACUUUCACUUCUCACCACCUCAUGCUAUAUAUAUCUCUCUAUAUAUAUAUAUUGAUGCCUACUUCAAGCUUCAACUGUAGAUAACCAGACUUUAAAGUUUUGUAAAUGUUUGGAGAAAUCUCAUCUUUUAUUACCAUCAUUUUGUUCUUCUUCGGCCACUUGAAUCCAACAGACUCUGAGAGUUUGCGAGUGCCAUGCCGGUUAUUUGUUCAGUACCUUUACCAGUCACUGUCUAGAAAUGGCAUCACAACUUUUAAUACUGUGAUGAAUGUAAUCCUGUCGGCAAUUUUGCAUUCAUACCACCUGAUAAAUCUGUACUGUAGAAGCACUGACAGAGCAGACCUAAUCUGCUCUCUGGGAUCUGGACGUCACACUGGGCCCCCUCGCCAAAGCACCGGACGGACGGACCCCUGUGGUACAAGACGAACCCUCCUGCACAGCCAAUCAUGGGCAGGGAUGACUAUUUUAAUAGAGCAGCGAAGUCCUGCAUCUUCUGCUGUACCCCAUGGGACCUGACUUAGGAAAAGAAUGUGAAUGGUGGCUGAUGGUGAGACUAAAAUCAUUCUUUGACUCUUUUUAAGUCAUGCUAUCAUUUACAUAUAAGAUGUUUGAUAUAAGUUAACAAAGUAAUAGUUUGACAUAAAUAUAGCAAAGAACCCUUUAGAUUUAUAUGGAAUAUAUCAGUGGACUGCAUCUCUUGUCCUACAUGAUACAUUCAUUCUUCAAGAAUCAGGUGAGGACGUAUUAAAAUCCAAAAUCACUAACUGUGUUGAAGCUGCAGAGACAUUUUCAGGGAGUUAGAAUGAAGUCGCUCAUUCGACUUUUGGGUGUGUUGCCUUUAUAAUUACAAACACUGCCCACGACAAAAAAAGCCACCUUUAGGUUUGAUUUUGGGAUGCAUUUACCACAGCAUUGUGUCUGCCACACAGUGCUUAUGCCACGAUAAAGGUCACAACAUUUAUUUCUGUACAGAGUUGCUUUAAUUUUGAUGAUGGAGAGUCAGACCACUGCGUUAAGCCUCCAUCACAUCCCAAAAUAUUCUCAGUGGGGUUCAGGUCUGGACUCUGUGGCCAGACCAUGUGUGAAAAUGAUGUCUCAUGCUCCUGAACCACUCUUUGACAGUUUUCAUCCUGAUGUUGUCAUCUUCAAAUAUAUCGAUGUCAUCAGCAAACCAAAACUCCACAGAUGUUCAGACCUGUUCAUUCAGUUUAUUCAGGUCCAUCUGACCUCAUUUUAUGAACACAUAAUGUUACUGAACCAAGACCUGAUCAACUGAACCAACCCCAGAUCAUAACACUGCCCCCACAGGCUUGUACUGUAGGCACUAGGCAUGAUGGGUACUCAUCUCAUCCACCUCUCCUCUCACCUUGAUGAACCCAUCACUCUGGAACAGGAUCAAUCUGGACUCAUUAGACCACAUGACCUUUAUCCAAUGAAACACAGUCCAAUCUUUAUGCUCUAUAUCAAACUGAUGGUUAUUUAAGAAAUGAAUCUACUGCAUCAUUUUGGGUUAAAAAAAACUUGUUGCAGCUGAAAUAUGUUAACCACUGCAGUAAAUGUCCAAUGGAAGGAUCUGAAAUACUUACUUUUUUGGCCAGGUUAUGUAUAAACAGUUUUGUGGCAAGCUGGGAAUUUAAAAGUACCAUGAAAUUGACAAACAUUAUAGAUGUAAUUUACGGCGUGAUUUAGACAGUUGUAAAAAAAUAUUUCUCUCCAUUAAUUGCUGGUCAUAUUUUUUCUAUCUGGUCCCAUGGAGGUGCACUGAAAGGGUGAGACUUCAGUUCUCAUUUGUCGAAAUGCGUCACAUGAAAACCAAGCUGGAUGAACCUCUAAGAGUGACUGACUGUGUACAUUUGUGUUUGUUUUGACCUCCAAGUUCUAGACAAGCCCAUGUGCAAAAAAGGAAAAAUUGAAACAUUACUCUCUAUUUGGCUAGUAUUCAAAUGUUCCUACUUAUUUAGGAUUUAUGAGAGCCACAUUGUCCCUUUACAGGUCCUAAAAUCUAUACUUUGCAAAUGUUUUAAAGGCUACUUUACCUCUUUGAUUGUUUCCUAACUCUGUGUUUUUAAGAUGUCUUCUAAUCCUUUCUGUCUUGCAGCCCCACCUUCGUCCUCCAGACGUUGCAUGUUCCUCAGACCAGUCCCUGUAGAUAAAACCUCACCGAUCCUCUCAGUCAGAAUCCAGACACAUGUCACAUGUUUCUGCACUGCUGCUCCUCAGCGCUCACAUCAAGCCCUCAGGGUCAGAUUUACCGGCUGGUUCAGGGCAGUCAGUACUAAUACUUCUCCACCUUUUCUUAAAAAGAGGAUACUUCUUAACUUUUUACAGCCGCCGAGGCGAUACUGAAACCCUCUGAUCGGCGAGGUGCGAGUUUUAAAUAACCAACCUGUAAGGCAUCCAGGUCUAACGCAUGAUUUCCAGGCCAUACUGUAAUCCUCAUAAAUGCACGUGUCUUAGGAAUCAGAUCCACUUUAAAGGUGUUACUGACUGUUGUUGCCGGUUACUCUCAGCUGUUUGUUCCCUUUUUCUGGUAAUUCUUGUAGAUGAUUUCAUCACUGAUUUUCUGUGUGCUAGUGGGCAAAACUGGAGACACAUACAGUAUAUACACACACACAUACACAAUUAAGAUUCCUUUACUUAAAUACCUUUGGCACUUGAUAAAUGUAACACGUUCUUGUCAUGUUUAAUUGUCUCUUUGUUUUGAUUUGUAAUAGUUUUCAUGCACUUGAUUUUUGUGUAAAAUAUGGCAAAUUUGUAUGUUGUUUUUUUUUUUUUUAAUGAUUUUGGUUAUUGAAGUAAAUGUAGGAUUUAAGUUAACAUAUUUAAUUGAGUUAGAGAUGAUCUCGAUUAAUAAAUGCAGCAUUUUGUUUUUGUCAAGUUGAAUCACUGACGACACACGGCUGAUCAGGUUCGCACAGUACACCUAUUUUUUUUUAACAUCAUCCGAUAAACUGCUGCCAGCUUUGACAAAGAAAACCCAUUUCACCCUGCUGUACUCAGCAUUCGGUCUGUCCCCUACAAGACUCUUUGUUCCUUUUGGUCCAGUCAAGCCAGUUGACUCAGGUACUGCACUUUUCCAUUCAAGUUUUGUCCUCAAACAGUGAAUGUACCCCAUCGUUCAGCCUAUUCCGAUCCGUUUGGCAUUUGUUCCACUGAGAGAAGUGUUCGGUAGCUUUAUCCCUCAGCCUAAAUUAGAGAUAGCUCUUUAUGUAUUAGAGGCAUUAAUUCUUAGACUGAUUGAACAGUGCUGUCACUUCAUUGUCACCUGGAAUGUUGAGCUUCAUUAAUUGUAUGUGAGACCACAGUUAUUGCAUGUUGUUGUUAGCGGUGGCCCUAGUAUUAGAAGAAGAAGAAAAAAAAAAAACACUUAUACUCUUAAGGAUGUCUUCUGGAUGACCUGUGCCUUCUUCGUCCUUGUUCUGUAACUGUGUCACAUGACCACUUUAUCUCGACAGAAAUUAAUAUAAAUGCUGCUUUGAAAAGAAUCUCCCACAGAUGUCACACCAUGUUCUUUUUUUCCCCCUCUAAAUGCACCCAAAAUCUUCUGAACUCAUCAUCGUCAGGUCUUUUAUGACUGCUGCAGCCUUUGAUAUUUUCUCAGAUGUAUGUUUAUGUAUCAUUGUAACUCUACCAGGACACCCUUACUGUAUUCUGAACACCCGUCAGAUCUGAGGAGUUGGAGGCAUGGACAUGGAAACUCUACAGGCAUGUGUCCUUUUCAUUAAGCAUGUCACCCAAAUCUGAAUGGCUUCCACACAACUACCUCUGAGGCCACUAGGGGGCGCUAGUCUAGGAAAACCAAGUAUGAAAACCAGUAAACUGAUCGUCUAACUUGACUGAAUGCUAUGCAUGAGACUCAAUCUGCACGUUCUCUUUUCUCUUUUUUCCACUUCGUUCUUCGGUCACAACAUCUUGCCCACCCAUCCACCGUCUCACACUGACUUUCUGCCAUUUGACAUUCCAGCUCGUUGCCCUUUAACUGCGCUCGUGUAGGUGUCAGAACUGUUGUUGAAAUGAAACACAAACUGAUAAAAGCAAUAAGCGAAAAUGCACACCAAACAAAGUCUUCCAAUUCCAAUUGAUGUAGCUUGAUGAAAUAUGGCACUUCUUAAAAGUUCUUACUUUCUAAUUUCAUGUACACCUCUAUUUGAUCUUUGAGAAAUACAAAGAAGUGUAUCUGCUGAGAAUAAAAUUAGCUACUAACUUAUUAAUUUAUUUGUUUCAAUAAAGCUCUUUGGACUGUA